AUGGAACAAUCAAGAAAAUUUACAAAACUUUUACGUAUCCUUCAAUUUCGUAAACAUGUUAAAGAACUUACAAGUGCUUGUAAACGUAUCAAUAAAGAAAAAUAUCAUGACUUUCAUACAGUUAAACAAGAAACAAUACCAACAGAAAAAAAAUUCAAUAAAUAUCUUUCAAAAAAAGAACGAAAUAAAAGUUUAUCUCAUCUAUCAAUUCAAAAGGAAUGUAUGCUCAUAGAUGAUGAUGAUAAUGAACAACCGUUAGAAAAUAUGAAUAGUUGUAAACAUCUGUCUCGUGCAACGCCUUCAUCACCCGCCAAUCUGUCAAUGAUUAUUUCACAAUCAUAUAAACCUUUACAUGCAAAAUCGAUGCAAUACAAUAAGAAUACAAUUGCCGUAACGAAAGAUACAACUGUCAAAGCACUUUAUAAAAUAUCUAAUUGGGUAUUUAUUGAAAUACCUGAAACUGGUGAAACUGGUUUUAUACCUAUUUAUUGUCUUCAAUUAUCUGAAUCAUCAUUUGAAUCACCAUCACAAAAUAAUAUUAGUUUAUUUAAUGUCAGUAUUUAUGAUAAACCACGUUAUUCACGUGUAUCGAUUACGAAUAAAUCUUCUGAUAAUAUAUCGACACCACCACCACCUGGUCGUUUUAUUUCAUCAAUUGGGCCAUGUCAAAUGAAUAAUGAAUUACAAAUAUCAACAUGUCCACGUUUAAAUAAAACUCGAACAUAUACUCGUCAACAAUUUCAAGAUGAAUCUGUUUUAUCACGACAAAUUUCAAAUGUAUCACUUCAUCCAUAUGAUCAAAAUGCUUAUGAAACAUUAAAUUUAACUUCAUGUAAAAGUUCAUCAGUCAAUGUUCUAGAUAAACAACCACUCAUAUGUCGUUCAAAUCCUCGUUUACGUGUUAUUGAGAAUUAUCAACGACAAUUUGUUGGUGAUAUUAGUGUAUUAGAAUCUGAAGUAGUUACACCUGUUGAUACAAUUGAAUCAAUUGGUGACUGGAUGUUAAUAAGACGUGGUGAUGGAAAACAAGGCUAUAUACCAGAACAUAUUGUUACAUUAGAUGAAAAUCUUACAUGA